AUGAUAUUGCAGGGUCACCAGAAGGCAUUCAUUGGACAUUUAGCACCGCCAUUCUCCGGCACGGCUGUAAUGGACAGCGAUUUUAAGACUGUAUCAUUGUCGGAUUACAAGGACAAAUAUCUCGUCUUAUUCUUUUAUCCCAGCGACUUUUCGUUCAUUUGUCCAACAGAGAUAAUAUCGUUCUCGAAUCGUUAUGAGGAUUUCCAAGCAAACAAAUGCGAAUUGCUGGCCGCAUCGACCGAUUCUUAUUUUACACAUUUCGCAUGGCUUUCUCUACCCCGAAAAGCUGGCGGUCUCGGUGAAAUCAAAUUUCCCAUUCUUGCGGAUCCAUCCUUGCAAAUAUCAAAAGAUUACGGUAUGCUAUUCGAAGAUGAAGGAGUUGCUUACAGAGGGCUAUUCAUUAUCGACGGGAAAGGUAUUAUCCGUCAUGUUACAAUCAAUGAUUUUCCGGUGGGACGAUCGGUGGACGAGACUCUUCGUUUGGUGCAAGCCCUACAAUAUACGGAUGUUCAUGGACAAGUUUGCUCUCUACUAAUUUACUUUUUUUUUUUCAUGGGCAAGUUUGCUCUCUACUAA